AUGGCGAUUUUCAUACAUCGCUCGUUGCUCGUUACCUUGCUUGUAGUGUUUAGUACACUAUUACACACCACGACAGCAGUGCAUAUACCCGCCAGAAACGAUGAUGUAUCUCAACAAUCUCUAAGCCUCGAUUCAGAAUGCCUCGCCUUAAACGAAAGCCUUUCCGAUGAUUUUUCAGGACAAUUCGGGGACGGUUUCUCGCCCAUUAGCACUGGCUGGUGUUGUUUGUCAGGCGAUGUAUGUGAUGGCAAUACGGGUUGCAAAGAGUCCACUGCCACGUGGUUCAUCCAUGAGACAAAGACGUUGUUUUUAUAUAACUACCGUACCACCAUUUUAUCCGUUGCUGCUACGACAACGAAGACCGAGGUUGUUUCUCGUAUUACGGUAAUCACGGUGUCUAGCGCAGCUAUGGUAACGGCGGGAGAUACGAAAACAAUCAGUACUAUUGCGAAGCGAGCACCAACAGUGGCCAGAAACAACCCAGCAAACAUCCCUAAUCAACCAAAGGAGACAUUCUUAUUAUCAAGUCGAACGGCGAAACCAAAACUUCAGCAAUCAGUCCAUGUACCUAUAACUCCAAAACCUACCACGACAAAACACCGCUGCGUUCACAAGGAGAAACGUAUUGUGACGUCGACAGUCGUUUUUGACACCGUCACCACAACCAUCACUUCCGCGGUGGAACUUACAUCUGUAGUAUCUUACAUUUCGACCGAAACGAGUUUGACAACGGAAUGGCAGACGUCAACCACGAAGGUCAUUGAUGAAACAAGAACAACAGGAGGAGGUAGCCAACAAACACCGAUAGAUGAUGAGAUAACCUUAGGAAAUAGCAGUCGAGGUGGCCUCAGCAAGGACGCACAAAUCGGAAUCGGAGUUGGUGUAGGCAUUCUCGCUAUCUCAGCCGCCAUAUUCCUCGUGAUCUUCCUCCGACGUCGACGCGCCCAAAAGAGUCCUGCAAACCAAGCCAUGAUCAACGAUGCUGUUGCAGCCCCCAUGGCUGCAAAUUCAUCUCAGUCACCUCAUGACAAAAUGCCGCCCACUGCUCCGUCCCCAAUACCGUACGGCACGACGUCAACUGCCUUUUACACCCCUGGUGCUCCGCCAGGCUCUGGCCAACAUGGGUUUUACCGGCAGGAAGCACCGGUCGUUGACUAUCAAGGAUAUUCUCCUGGGUUGUCUGCAUCGCCUGUGCAGCAACCGUUUGGGCGGCCGCGUCAGACUGAGCCAUCGCCACCGUAUGAUUAUCCAGUACUAGACUCUCGGUAG